AUGGGUUUAUACUAUGACAGAGGGACGGAACAAAAGCGGCAGUUGAAUGUUGGUCACGCGUCGCUCAAGCAGCGGCGGACCUUGUUUUCCGAUCAUGUUCCUUAUCCGCAGGUGCUUCGUGGACAGUGUCGAUGGUGGGUAGUCGCCGUCGAACUUGCGGUGGAAGGCGUCGGUGACACCAAAGAGCUCGUCCAUCUUCUCGAGCGACAAGCCCUUAGUUUCGGGGACGAAGAAGUAGACAAAGACGCCCAUGAGGAAGCAAAAGCUGCCAAACAUGAAAUACAUGCCGUACCCGGCGCGGCCCAUGGUGCUCUGCAUGGUGAGCACGGUUCGAGCGGCAAUGAAGUUGAAGAGCCACUGAGUGGCAGCGGCGACGGAGACGUUGAGGGCACGCAGGCGGGCGGUGGGAAUUUCGCUGACGAGGAUCCAGCAUGCCGGGCCCCAGCCGAACUGAAACGAUGCCGCCCACAGGUAAAUGCAGGUGAUGGCAACGUAGCCAAAGGCGGUAACGGGCUGACCUUUGACAGGGGGCUGCACGCGGCCGUAGAUGCCGAUGAUGAAGAGGACGACACCCUGCGAGCCGGCGGUGGCGAUGAGGCUCCGCCGACGGCCGAGCGAAUCGGCGACGAAGAGCAGGAAGAGGGAGCAGCUGAUGACCUUGACGACGCCAUAGAUGCCGGUGGCAAACAGCGACGAGUUGGUGGCGUCCAUGCCCAGAUUGGCAAAGAUUCUACCCAAAUCAGCGGUUUUCUUGAUAUGGUGGCAUGGUGGACUUACAAUGGCAUUGACGCCGGUGAGCUGCUGGCAGAUCAUGAGCAUGAUGGAGAUGAGGGCGCGGUUGCGGUUGCCGGGGAUGAAGAACAUUUCGCGAAAGAGAGCCUUGGGCGAGCUGCCGCCGGUCAGGCGCCGCUCAAUCUCGAGCUGGUCGGCCAUUUCCUGUAUCUCAGCCUGCACGUAGGGGUCCGUGGGGGGCAGGUCUCGGAGUCGCGAGAGUGUCGCGGUGGCCUCUUCCCAGUUGUCCUCCUUGGCGAGCCAGCGGGGGGAUUCGGGCGAGAGGGUCAUGCCGACGAUGAGGAGAAUGGCCGGGAGCGACUGGAGGGCGAGCGGGAUGACAUAUUGGGCGGGGGCGGGGACGUGGAGAAGACAGCCAUAAUUGACCCUGCGCGAGAAGGCGACCAUGAUGCCAAACACGUUAAAGAGCUGGUAAAACCCCGUGAGGCCGCCACGGAUCGCGCGCGGGGCGCACUCGGAGACGUAAACGGGGGUGAGGGCCGACGCGGCGCCACACCCGAGCCCGGCGACGAAGCGGCCGACGUACAUGACAGCAAGCGUCCCGCGGGCGGCCGACGCAGCCUGCAAGACGACGCCGAUGGUGGUGAGCGCGCCGGCCGCGACGAGGACCCGACGUCGGCCGAAGCGGUCCGCGGCCCAGCCGGUGAUGAAGCAGGCGAGGAAGCAGCCCGCCUGGAGGGUCGAGACAAUGUUUUGCUCCAGGUCGGCCUUGUUCUUGGCGGGGCUGUCGAGGAAGCCGAAGCGGGCCUGGGUGGCAGGCAUGUGCAGGAUGCCGCCAAUGGCGCCCGUGUCCCAGCCAAAGAGCAUGCCGCCGAAGCAGGCGGCGCAGACGAGGGCGAGGACCCGGCCGUUGUAGAUGGCCGUCGGGUCCUCGCGCAUGGCGUCGUUGCGCACAAUGGCGCGGAGAAGCCGGGCAACGGCGCGGGCCAUGAUUAG